AUGAAUCACUCUCCUAUUCCCAACGCUCGAAAGCGCACUCAAUUCCAAGAUGACCCCGUCCCAACUCCUGCCACCCUCAAGAAACGCCGACUCGAUGAACUCGUACCCGGAUCGCCUUCAACCCCCAAGGCGCCCAACGCCAUCAACUCGGCAUAUUCUGCAGUCAUAUCCAACGGUCAGAACUUAUGGCCCCCGGUAGACAACAAUCUCCAGAUACCGACCGAACAGCGGUCCGUCGUGUCGCCAUCAAAACCUGUAUCGCAACCCGUCGCACAACCCAUGUUCCGCCCUGCACUUAAGGCGUCAGCACUAAGAGGAACAAUAUGGGAUACCGGAGAUGCAAAAAAAUCUUAUCCUCUACCAAAGAAGGUCGGUGUUAGCCGACCGAGGACCGCUCCACCAAAGAAACCAGCUGCUCCAAGAGGCAGGCCGCGGAAGAAGAAGAUUGAGGAACCAGCCCCAGCGGCAGGUAAUGAGCUUCCAGCAAAACAAGAAUCUAUUGACGAGCUGUCCACAACGAAUGGAUCUCUUUCGCUACCAAAACCUACGCCCAAGAGUAUCCUGAGCCCCAAGAAGGGGAGACCACGAGGCCGGCCGAAGAACGUCACUUUUGGGGCAGGUCGGGACAACAAAAAUGGCGAAGUUUUCUUUGAGGAUCUACCGAGCAAACCCAAGACGCCACGUAAGGCUGCAAACUCUGAAGCAGAUGAGAUCGUAUGCGCAAUGUGCUUGAAACCCCAUUCCCAGGCUCCUAACCAAAUCAUUCUAUGCGACUUGUGUGAUUUUGCAGUUCAUCAAGAAUGUUAUGGCGUUCCGGAUAUUCCAGAAGGCGAUUGGCUUUGCAAGUCAUGUACUCAAGAGGACAUGCUUAAGACGCCGAAAAAGACCGCUGGCGUGCAGCCUCCAGCUGUUAAGAUCGCAGUAGAUGUACCUGACAUCGCCAACUUGGACCAGCAUGUACGAUCAUUACAACGGGUGCUUCUCGACCGUUGUACGGGGAGAAGGCGUUUGCAGUUGUCUGCGCAGCUUGAGGCCGAAGAAAAGGUGUACCAGCUUGUGGAACAGACCGUUGUUGCCGGUGAAGGAAACUCCAUGAUGAUAAUUGGAGCAAGGGGAUGUGGCAAGACUACUUUACUAGAAAAGGUCAUUUCUGAUGUAUCUCAGGAACACAGAAGCGAUUUUCACGUGGUGCGGCUCAAUGGCUUCAUUCAUACGGAUGACAAGCUGGCCCUGAAAGAGAUCUGGCGACAGCUAGGCAAAGAGAUGCAGGUAGAAGAUGACCUGGUGAACAGAACAAACUAUGCCGACACCAUGGCGUCGUUGCUUGCUCUCCUGUCACAUCCGUCUGAGAUUAUCGGUACAGACGAAGGUGUUACGUCGCAGUCGAUUGUGUUUGUGAUUGACGAAUUCGACAUGUUUGCAUCGCACCCUCGACAAACAUUAUUGUACAACUUGUUUGAUAUUGCACAGUCGCGAAAGGCACCCAUCGCAGUGGUUGGCUGUACCACUAGACUAGAUGUUGUUGAGAUGUUGGAAAAGCGAGUAAAGAGUCGAUUCAGUCAUCGAUACGUCUAUCUCUCUCUGCCCAAGUCGCUUCCAGCUUACUGGCAAGUCUGCAGGCAGGGUCUGAUUGUAGAUAGCGAUGAGGCUGAGAAGGAAGGCAUCAACACCUACCUCGAAGGACAUGCUGCGUUCCAGGAGUAUUGGAACAACAAGAUCGAGGGACUAUACAGAGAGCGAUCAUUCCAGGACUUGCUACAGUAUCAUUAUUACACAACCAAGUCGGCUUCGGCAUUCCUGACCGAAUGGAUCUUGCCUCUGUCGGCUCUCUCAGCCAACGACGUGACACUCAAGAUCCCUGCUGUGCAAGCAGAUGUUGAGUCCUUGACACCCCCUGACUCCAGGCUUCACUUGCUUUCAACGCUGUCUGAGCUAGACCUGGGACUCCUUAUUGCUGCAGCACGAUUGGACAUAGUAGCACACACGGAUACGGUAAACUUGGCAAUGGCAUACGAUGAGUACAGUUCCUUGAUGGGGAGACAGCGAGUUCACUCAGCAACAGCAGGUAUGCUUGCUGUAGGUGGAGGUGUCCGAGUAUGGAGCCGUGGCGUAGCUGGCAUCGCAUGGGAACGGCUCAUCUCACUGGGAUUGUUGGUGCCUGCUGGCAUAGGUGGUGCCCGUAAUCUUGGGCAUGGCGGAUUGGAAGGCAAGAUGUGGAAAGUCGAUGUCGCACUGGAAGAGAUCCCAGCAGCAGUGAAGUUGAGUGCUGUACUGGCAAGAUGGUGUAGGGAGAUAUAG